AUGUUUCACCUGCCGGUGCUGAAAAACAGACGCACACUCCUCGAGAGGGCUGAGAAGUUCAUCUCCGAUGUUUAUUUCACUGACUGCAAUCUGAGAGGACGGCUUUAUGGAGAGUCUUGCCCCGUGGAAACCAUCGCCUCCUUCCUUACCCCUGACAGAAUCACUUUCAGCGAAGCCUCAACGCAGAACUUUGAGCCCUAUGAAAUCUGUGGUACCUUUGGACCGACGUGGUGGACUUGCUGGUUUAAAGUGUCCAUGACGAUCCCUGAAUCCUGGAGAGGGAAAGAGGUUCAUCUUCUCUGGGAAAGUGAUGGGGAGGGAAUGGUUUGGAGGGAUGGGCAGCCAGUUCAGGGACUGACCAAAGAAGGUGAAAAGACGAGUUAUAUCUUAUCAGAGUGUUUGAAAGAUGAAGAGCCCCACAGUGUCACCCUGUAUGUGGAGAUGGCCUGUAACGGACUCUUUGGAGCUGGUCAAGGGUCCAUGAUUGCAGCUCCAGACCCAAACAGGAUGUUUUCUGUGCAGAAAGCAGAGCUAGCGAUACUCAACAGGGAUGUCCUAAAGCUGUUGACUGAAUUUGAGAUGCUUGUUGACAUUGUUAAGGAGCUGGGAGAGGGGGACCAGCGAGGCUACCAGGCCCUCUUCACAGUCAACGAGAUGGUGAACGUCUGCAACCCGUUUGACCCCAGUUCGUUCUCCAAAGCUCACAGUCUGGCUCGCAGCUUCUUUAACCAGCGCAACGGAGAAAGCCAGCACACCGUCCACGCUAUGGGUCACUGCCACAUAGACUCAGCCUGGCUGUGGCCGUACGAAGAGACCAUCCGUAAAUGUGGCAGAAGUUGGGUGACGGCCGUCGGUUUAAUGGAGAAGAACCCAGAGUUUGUCUUCACUUGCUCUCAGGCCCAGCAGUUCGAGUGGGUAAAGAGCUGGUACCCAGGACUCUUCUCCAAGAUUCAGCACCAUGUGAAGACAGGACAGUUUGUUCCAGUUGGAGGAACAUGGGUGGAAAUGGACGGGAACUUGCCCUCAGGUGAGUCCAUGGUUCGGCAGUUCCUGCAAGGCCAGCUCUUCUUUAACCGAGAGUUUGGGAUGUAUUGCAAAGAGUUCUGGCUUCCGGAUACUUUUGGCUACUCUGCCCAGCUUCCUCAAAUAAUGCAGGGGUGUGGCAUUUCUAAUUUCCUGACUCAGAAGCUUAGCUGGAACCUGGUCAACACAUUCCCUCACAACACGUUUUUCUGGGAAGGUCUGGACGGCUCCAAGGUUUUAACUCACUUCCCACCAGGAAAUUCCUACGAAAUGAAAGGCAAGGUUGACGAUCUUGUAAAAACUGUGAAGAAUAACAAAGACAAAGGCAGAGCUAACCACAGCGCAGCUCUGUUUGGCUUCGGGGACGGGGGCGGUGGACCCACGCAGCACAUGAUAGACAGACUCUGUCUUGUCCGGGACACAGAUGGACUUCCCAGGGUCCAGAUGUCCAGUCCUUCAAAGCUUUUCUCACAGCUUCAGGCUGACUCAGCACUGCUGUGUACGUGGAGCGGAGAGCUCUUCCUGGAGCUGCACAACGGCACCUACACCACCCAGGCACAGAUUAAACGAGAGAACCGGCAGUGUGAGACUCUGCUCCACGAUGUGGAGAUCGCCAGCAGUUUGGCCUUGUGCCGCAACAAGACGUUUGUGUAUCCUGUGGAAAAACUGCAGCAGCUCUGGAGGCUGCUGCUUUUAAACCAGUUCCAUGAUGUGAUUCCUGGCAGCUGCAUAGGGAUGGUUGUGGAGGAUGCCCUUAAAUACUAUAAAAAUAUCCGCAGCGAUGGUGCUGCACUUCUGUGGGAGGCUUGUGAAGCCUUGGAGUCCAAAGGCAGCUCCACUGCUGUGUUCAACUCUCUGCCGUGGGAGCGCCAUGAAGUCGUACAGAUUACAGACGGCACUGACGCACCUGUUCUGGCCCUGCUGAGAGCUCCCAGCGUCGGGGUGUCUCCUGUCAAAGACACUCAGCCUGUGACUCCAGUCUCCGUCGCUCCUCAGACUGACGGCUCUGUCAUUAUGGAGAAUGGGAUUUUACGGACCGUUGUAAGCAAAGACGGCACGUUGGCUUCUCUGUAUUUGAUUGCUGCAAACAGAGAAACGGUGUCUGACGGCUGUGCUGGGAACCAGUUUGUCAUAUUUGAUGAUGUCCCCCUGUACUGGGAUGCCUGGGAUGUGAUGGACUACCAUCUUCAGACAAGGAGGCCAGUGCUGGAGGUGGUGCAUCCUGCUCAGGUGGUGUCCUCAGGUGGGCUUCGAGGCAGCGUUAGCUUCACCCUCAGGAUCAGUGAUAAAAGCUCAGUCACACAGGAGAUCAUCAUGGACGCCACGUGUCCGUACAUCAAGUUCAGCACUAAGGUGCAGUGGGCCGAAUCGCACAAGUUCCUCAAGGUUGAGUUUCCUGUGCGAGUGCGCAGCCCCAACGCAACAUAUGAGAUCCAGUUCGGCCAUCUGCAGAGACCCACACACUGGAACACGUCAUGGGACUGGGCUAGGUUUGAGGUGUGGGGUCACAAAUGGGCCGACUUAUCGGAGCACAACUUUGGAGUUGCACUCCUGAAUGACUCCAAGUACGGUUACUCCAUCCACCAGAACACGAUGACGCUGUCUCUGCUGAGAGCACCUAAGGCCCCAGAUGCUACAGCUGACAUGGGAACUCAUCAGUUCACAUAUGCCAUCAUGCCACACACAAGCUGCUUCCAGGAUGCAUCUGUUAUCCAGUGUGCCUACAACCUCAACUUCCCUCUGAGGUUGAUUCAAUGCCGUCCUGAAACUGAACCCUGGAGUGCCUUCUCAGUCAGCCCUUCAUCAGUGAUACUCGAGACCAUUAAACAGGCUGAGGACAGGAAGGGGAUGCUUGUGGUGCGUCUUUAUGAAUCACACGGGGGCAGCAUCACUGCAAACCUGCACGUUAACAUUCCAGUCAAGGAAGCCUGGCAUUGCGAUCUCUUGGAAAGGCAAGACGCCACCCGGCCGGCACAGAUCACACCAGAGGGAAUUUCUCUGAGCUUUAAGCCUUUUGAAAUUGUGACACUUCUGCUCGUUUUGUGAUUCGGUGCAGCGUUUGAACAGGUUCCAGGGAAACAUUGGAUUUCAAAGAAGGGCUUUGUGCUCAGGUAAAAAAAAAAAAAAAAAAGUGAUCACUU